AUGGAGUUUUAUUCACCCCAGCCGGAACAUGCGCAAUUGAAUACCGGUGGCAACCAUUACAACCCGAAGACAAAUGCUUCGCAUUUGCUCGGGUUGCUGCACCAGCAGGUGCAGGAUGCUGCCAAGGAGAACCGAUUUGGGAAUGCGAGAAGCGAUGGCGAGGAUAAUAACGUAGGCAUUGAUGCGGUGCUGGAGGAGAACGCUAUUCUGUCGCCACCGCUGUCGCCGGAGCCGGAGGGCCUGGACGAGGAGUACGAGUACGUUUUGGGGACGCUGAACCUUGACGAGAGCAGCGGGGAGGAGCAGCAAGAGAGCAUUCUGGUGAAUCCGUCGUGGACGCCCGGCCUGUCCCCGAGAAUAUACCGCCAUUCCACCCACGGAUUUCUAUCAGAAUACCGGGUGUUCCAGAACGUGAUUAGCAACUCCGAGAGACAGCAAGGCAGUGCUGUGAUGCCAUCGUCGCAUUCAAGAACACUGAGAAGAGCAAGAGUUUACAAGCCAACGGGCUCAGAGUAUGAAAGAAUCAGCAGAACGAGACGAAUGGCGAGAAAUUUCUCUGAAGACGAGCAUUCGGAGACAGAAUUGGAAAUAAGGAGACCUUCGACCCCUAGACGUACUAAGAGAUCUGCCACUUACCAACACCAAAGUCAGCUAACGUCGCCGCUGGCAUCGGCAAAGGCUGUGCACAGUAUACCACAAUAUGUACCCAAUAUGUCCUGGGAAAAAUUGCCGGAUUAUUCGCCCUCGGUUGCAACUCUACCCUCAAAUAAUGUCAAGUGUUUGAAAGUUGAAUGGAAAGGUUCACCAAUGGAUUUGUCGAAUGACCCGUUGAAGGGCAAACUGCAUCCAGCUGAACUGAUACUUGCCCAAGUUUUGAGAUUGCCCUGUGAUUUGUAUUUGGAUUCAAAAAGAAGACUCUUCUUGGAAAAAACGCAUAGACUACAGCAGGGACUACCAUUUAGAAGAACAGAUGCCCAAAAAGCUUGUAGAAUUGAUGUUAAUAAAGCCUCAAGACUUUAUGCAGCUUUUGAAAAAGUUGGUUGGCUGAACGAUUCAAAUUUUAAGAAAUUUCUGUAG